AUGGAGAAAUUGAAGACGUUGCUGAUUGCGAACAGAGGAGAGAUCGCUGUCCGUAUCAUCAGAACUGCCAAACAACUCGGCAUCAAGACAGUUUCUGUUUACACAUCGGCAGAUGCUGCAUCGUUGCAUGUCUCAGAUGCCGAUGAAGCUGUCCUCCUGCCGACCCUCCAAAGCUAUACCGAUGGCGAUGAGCUUCUUCGAAUCGCAAAGGAGAAAGGAGUCGAUGCCAUAAUUCCUGGAUAUGGCUUCCUCUCUGAAAAUGCAGCAUUUGCAAAGGCCGUGAGCGAUGCAGGCCUAGCUUGGGUUGGACCACGCGAAGAUGCGAUCAAGGCUUUCGGAAUCAAGCAUACCGCUCGUGAUCUGGCGAAGCAGUCUGGCGUUCCCAUAGUCCCCGGUACAGAAGGUCUCGUCGAGAGCGAAGAAGAUGCUGUCAAGCAGAGCGAUUCGCUUGGCUAUCCUGUAAUGCUUAAGAUCACAGCAGGAGGAGGAGGCUCCGGCUUGAUAACAUGUCAGAACGCAGAACAAGUCAAGGAUGGAUUCAAGAAAGCCCAAUCUCGUGGUCAAGCUCUUUUCAAGGACUCCGGGGUCUUCAUUGAACGCUACUACCCCGAAGCACACCAUAUCGAAGUACAGGUCUUUGGCAACGGGCUCGGCCACGCCAUCCACUUUGGAGAGCGAGAAUGUUCAAUUCAACGCAGACAUCAAAAAGUCAUCGAAGAAUGCCCCAGCCCAUUUGUGCAGAACCAUUCUGGCUUGAGGGAGAAGAUCUGCAGCGCUGCAGUGAGCCUCGCUCAGUCGGUCAAAUAUGGUUCAGCAGGGACUGUGGAGUUUCUGGUCGAUGACAAGACGGCCGAUUUCUUCUUCCUGGAGAUGAAUACCCGUCUACAAGUCGAACAUCCAAUUACAGAAGCUUGCUAUGAUGUUGAUCUUGUCGAGCUCAUGUUGAAGCAAGCGGAUGCGCAACUUACUGGUCAAGGUGGCCUAUCUGCUGAGUAUUUGGAUUCACUACAAAAGCCCGGUCCUUUCGGAGCUGCUAUCGAAGCCCGCCUGUACGCAGAGAAUGUGCUCAGAGACUAUGCACCUUCGCCAGGUCUGUUGACAGAGGUGUACUGGGCAGAGCGUCAGAACGCUCGCAUCGAUACUUGGGUGAGGACUGGCCUGCGGAUCUCACCAAAUUAUGAUCCGUUGAUCGCCAAAGUCAUCAAUCAUGCGAAGACACGCGAUGCUGCACUGAAAGGCAUGGGAAUGCUGUUAGAGCAAUCAGUGGUUUCUGGCCCACCAAACAACCUGGAUUUCCUGGGCGCUAUCAUCAAAGAUGAGACUUUUCAGUCCGGUCGAACGAUCACCUCGUUCCUGCAGAGCUUUGAAUACAAGCCGAAUGUGAUAGAUGUAGCGACCGCAGGCGCUUACACUCUGGUACAGGAUCUGGAAGGCAGGCCAAGCGUGGGCAAAGGCAUUCCUCGAAGUGGAGCCAUGGAUCCAAUCGCUCUUGCUGUGGCUAAUGCUCUUGUUGGCAACGAACGUGGCCAGGAAGGUCUUGAGAUCACACUCUCUGGUCCCGAGCUGAAGUUCCAUGGGCCGGCAGUUAUUGCGGUGACAGGAGCUCCCAUCGAGGUUGCGCUGGAUGGCGAUUCCAUUCCGAUGUGGACCCGCAAGCACAUCAAACCUGGCCAGAUUCUGAAGAUUGGCAAGACAACUGCAGGAGGAUGUCGCAGCUAUCUCGCUGUAUACGGCGGCUUCACUUCCGUGGCGGACUACUUUGGCAGUAAAUCGACUUCACCUAUAGUUGCUAUCGGUGGAUAUCAAGGACGACAGCUUGCACCUGGAGAUCAGCUCAGCCUUGUCAAGGAGAUUCCAUCGAACCUACACUCUCAUCCUAGUGUUCCAGAGUCACUACGACCUGACUACAGCUCACCGUGGACGAUCAAUGCUCUUCCUGGACCACACGAAGAAGGCUAUCUGACCGAACAAGACAUCGAAAUGCUCUACAGCACUGAAUGGAAGGUCUCUCAUAACGCUAGCAGGAGUGCAAUUCGGCUGAUUGGUCCCGUACCGAAAUGGGCACGAGCAGAUGGCGGAGAAGGUGGCUCACACCCUUCCAACCUAGUCGAAUAUGGAUAUUCAUGCGGAUCACUCAAUUGGACUGGCGACGAAGGCUGUAUUUUUGCCUUAGAUUGCCCCAAUUUUGGUGGCUUCGCAAGUUCCGCGACAGCCAUUCGUGCAGACUACUGGAAACUAGGACAGCUCAAAGCGGGAGAUUCUCUGAAGUACCAACGUGUAUCUCUAGAAGAAGCUCUUUCGCUGCGAAGGAAUGUCGAAGACUACAUCGAAGGCAUCAGCAAGGCUGUACAGACAAACGAUUUCAACAAUGUCAAGCCACUCGCUUCCGACUUCAAAGCCAGCGGGAACUACAGUAAAGCUGUGCUAUGGGAACGUCCAGCCUCAGGAGCUCAACCUCAAGUCCGUUAUCGCCAAGCAGGAGACGCCUACCUCCUCGUCGAAUACGGCAAUGAACAGUUUGACCUCAACUAUCGCUGCCGCGUCACAGCCCUCGAAAAAGCCAUCAACGACUCUACCGCUCCAACCUGGCUCAAAAAAGAUCUCAUCACCACAGUCGGGUGCUGCACAUCCCUCAACAUCCACUACGAUGGCUCCCAGAUGGACCGCGCCCAACUCAUCGCUCAUCUCCAGACUCUCGAAGACCAAAUCGGUGACCUCAGCAAGACCAAAGUUCCCAAUCGCCGCUUCAAACUCCCGCUAUCCUUCGAAAGCAAAGAACAAACUGAAGCCACAGAGCGGUACAUGUCGAAUCAGAGGCCUCAUGCUCCGUACCUGCCAGACAAUCUUGACUUCGUUGCGAAGAACAAUGCUUUCACGGCCGAUCAAUUGAAGCAUAACAUGUUGACUGGCGAGCUCAUGGCCGUCGUGGUGGGGUUCUACUGCGGCAAUACCGUAUCGUUGCCCGUUGACCCGCGAAUGCGAAUGAGUGCUCCCAAAGCGAAUCCCUCAAGAGUCUUCACUCCUGAAGGGACAUUCGGAUGGGGUGGAAGUUGCGCAUCGAUCUAUCCCGUGGAUUCUCCAGGAGGAUAUCAGAUGUUAGGACGCACAAUUCCUUGCUUCGACUACUACGGCUUCAAAUCCGGCUUCACCCCGACCCGCCCCUGGCUCUUCCAAGACUUCGACAUCCUAACCUUCCACCGCGUCUCCGAAUCCGAACUCAACGCUCAACUCGAACUUUUCCGCUCUGGACAAUAUGAAUUCACGUACGAAGACUCCGAAUUCGAUAUGGCAGAACAUAAUAAACUUCUCGAAGCGACGAAAUCCGAAGUCGAGGAGAUCCGUGCGAAGCAGAGAAAAGUUCAAGAGGAAAUGAUUAGAGCGGAAAAUGAGAGUUUGAAGAGGUGGAGAGAGGAGAAGGAGAAGAGAAAGCCGGAUUUGAGUACGAUUGAGAGUUUGUUGGGUCAGGAAGGGGUUGGGGUUGUGGAGGCGCCGGUUGAUGCGAAUGUUUGGAAGGUGGAGGUUAAGGAGGGGGAUGAGGUGGAGGGGAAUCAGGUUGUGGUGAUUUUGGAAGCGAUGAAACUUGAGAUCAAUGUGUAUGUGCCGGAGGGGUUUGCGAGUGGUGGGAAGAAGGCUGUUGUGGAGAAGCUGCUUGUUGAGCCGGGAGAGACGAUCAAGGCCGGCGGACGCAUCGCGCUCAUUCGUUCAAGUUGAGUCGUGUAGGCAGUGCGGUUUAUCCCGUCACUCUCUGGCAGAAAGAGAAAGCUCGGUAUGCGAUAUGUUCCAAUGCGUUGUCUAAUGUAUUGAAGUCGUUAUUUCUUGUCUCUGUGUCACCUGUCUGCGACGCUGCUCCAUGCACGGCACACGCACAACCGGCAGGCUAGAUGAGCGCAGAAGCCAUGAGUUCACGUUAGUCACACGAUAAAGUCGAUCACACCACGAUUUAGCUAGUCCAGUCUACGGCCGUACAGUCUUCGCUUGUCUCAGAUCUGUGACCUAGUGUAGUGCACUGCAUCCUCUUGAAGAAAAAGCUUCUGUUUGCAAGAUAUUUUCUUUCCCUUACCUUGCAUACUGUUCCGUGACGUAUACGCCUGAAAUCUGUGUUCAUCAUGCAGCACUCGCACUGCUCGCUUCAACGUUGGAAUGGUCAGCUAUACGCA